AUGGAGGAGGACUUUGACAGGGAGAUCAAGGUAGUGGUGCUUGGGAACGGUGGUGUUGGCAAAACCAGCAUGAUUCGAAGGUUCUGCAAGGGCGUCUUCACAGACGAGUAUAAGAAGACCAUCGGAGUCGACUUCCUAGAAAAGGCGCAAUUCGUCGAUGCCCUUCAGGAGGAAGUCCGAUUUAUGCUGUGGGAUACAGCUGGUCAAGAGGAAUUUGACGCCAUUACGCGGACAUACUAUCGUGGCGCGGGCGCAGCUGUAAUUGCUUUCUCGACGACAGACCUUGAGUCCUUCAAAGCCGUGCAAGGCUGGAAGGACAAAAUUAUCGCGGAAUGUGGCGACAUCGCCAUGUGUUUGGUUCAAAAUAAGGUUGACCUUAUCGACCAAGCUGUGGUGACUCCGGAAGAGGUCGAAGCUAUGGCGCGACAGUUGGGUCUGAAGCUGUAUCGCACUUGCGUUAAGGAAAACAUAAACGUGACGGAGGUUUUCGGCUAUCUGGCAGAGUUGCAUCACAAAAAAUUGCAGAAAGGCGAGCUAAGCCAGCAGCCAGCAGCGGCUGCCAUCACUGCACCCCCCGGGUCAGCGGCGGCAGCGGCAGCAGCUUCGCCAUCUCCAGCGCAGCCACAAGCGCAAGGCCCUGAGCAGGUUUCUGAGGCCGCUCCUGUUCGCGAGGGUCCUGUAACCGUGGACUUGAAGCCGAGCAAAGUCCGCACGAAGGGCAAGAAGUCUUUUAAGGACAAGCUCACGGCCUGCUCGAUAGCGUAA